GCUCACAGCUGUUGGUUGGAUCUGGUCUUGGAUCAUUAUUUAGUUAUUAAAAUUUGUCGUUAUUUUCGCGUGUCUAAUACAAUGUCGCACAUUAAGAACUUAAUUCCGAACACUGUGAAUCCAGACCUGCAGAAGGAACGCACAGGUGCAGAAUUCAAUGUGGAGGAGUUUUCCGCCUGGUGGCAUGGUGGUCAGGAUAAGCUAAAGACCAAACGCGAGAUGGAAUCGGCCAUCUUUAGCGAUCUGGAGGAUGGCUAUGGUCUCAACCAUGAGUAUAUGUCCCACGAGGAGGUCUACAACUCGAGUAUUAAGAAGGUGGCUGAGGCGGCCACCAAACUGAAGGCUCUGCAGAACAAGCUUAAUCCUGGGGGCAAAGAUAUCUGGCCCGGAGGGCUCUACAAUGCCCAAAGCUUUGGACUGUUUCCGGCCAAUCAUCCAAUAGCCACUCACAUCACCAUGUUUGUGGAUGUGAUCAAAGGUCAAGGCACCCCGGAGCAGGUGGAGAAGUGGGGACCGGCUGCAGAGAACUGCAACAUUAUUGGCACGUAUGCCCAAACGGAGCUGGCCCAUGGAACCAAUGUCCGUGGACUGGCCACUCGUGCGGAUUUUGAUCCCAAGACGGAUGAGUUCGUGCUGAAUACGCCCAACUUGGAGGCCUACAAGUGGUGGCCCGGCGGCUUGGGACACACUGCCAACCAUGCCAUGGUGGUGGCCCAGUUGUAUAUCGCCGAUGUCCAUCAUGGCGUGCAAAUGUUCAUUGUGCCGCUGCGAGAUGCGGAGACCCAUUUGCCACUGCCCGGAAUUGAUAUUGGUGAGAUUGGCAAGAAACUGGGGAUGGCAUCCGUGAACCAGGGUUUCCUGGGUCUGAACAACGUCCGUAUUCCACGCACCAACAUGCUGAUGAAGUUCGCCAAGGUGGAGAAGGAUGGCACCUUUAAGGCCAGUCCGGCCUCGAGGGUUAACUACCUGACCAUGGUUUACACGCGCUGCCUGAUUGUUAACCAGAACGCCACGCUGCUCCUGGCGGCGGCCACUAUAGCCACCAGGUAUUCCGCAGUGCGACGACAGAGUCCCAUUGAACCCAAUCAACCGGAGCCCCAGAUCAUAGAUCAUGUGACCCAGCGUCUGAAGCUCUUCCCGGAGAUAGCCACCGGAAUGGCUUAUCACCUGGCCGCCGAGUACACGUGGGAGAUGUAUGCCCAGACGGUGGAGGAGGCCAACAAAGGCAAGUUCGAUCGCCUGUCCGAGAUGCACAUCCUGUCCUGCGCCCUGAAGGUUCUCUGCACCACCGACGGAUGCGCUGGCAUUGAGAAACUUCGCCUGUCCACUGGCGGACAUGGCUACCUGACGGCUGCCAAUUUGAGCAACAUCUAUGGCAAUGCUGUGGCUGCCAUCACCUACGAGGGCGAGAACACAGUGCUGCUGCUGCAAAUUGGACGAGCUCUGGUCAAGGCAUGGUCUUCGUUUGUGGAGAACAAGCCAUUGUCCGCAUCCUAUGGCUACUUUGCCACCUCCAUGCAGCUGAAGGAGUUCCCCAAGUGGGACAACUCCUGGCAGUGCAUCAUCAAGGCUUUGCAGUACACGGCAGCUCAAAAAACACGCAUUGCCUACGAGAACCUGGCGGAACGCAUGCUCAGUGGUCAAUCGCAGGGUGUGGCUGCUAAUAACACGGGAAUUGAACUAACUCGUGCUGCUGAGCUCCAUGGACGCCAGUUUGUGUGCCAGACAUUCCUAGAGCAAAUCACAGGACCGAAGGCCCAAAAGCGCUCUUCGGCUCUCAACAAGGUUUUGGAAAACGUUUUGGAACUGUUCCUGGUCCAGACUGUGCUGAACAACCUCAAUGAGAUUUUGAGAUUUAUCAACCUCACAGAUGCCGAUCUGCGAUCGCUGCAGAAGCGACUGGAGGUUUCGCUGGAGAAGUUCCGACCCAAUGCGGUGGCCGUUUGCGAUGGCUUCGAGUUCCACGACCGUGUUCUAAACUCUGUUUUGGGCAGCUAUGAUGGCAAUGUAUAUCCCAGACUCUUCGAUUCGGCCAAGCGCAGCACCAUGAACCAAAAACCCGUCCAAAACUCCUUUGAGACCUACCUGAAGCCCCUAAUGAAGGCUAAACUGUAAAGCAAAUACUGUCAAUUCGUGUGUAUAUAAAAAGGAAACGACACGUUUUUUGUUUAAAUUA